UCGGUGGAUAAACCCGGGCUGGGGAUCAUGGCGGGAACAGAGACUGGGGACGCCGCAGCAGGAGCCGAGGCCCCUCAGCCUCAGAAGCGCUACUAUCGGCAGCGGGCUCACUCCAACCCCAUGGCGGACCAUACGUUGCGCUACCCUGUGAAGCCAGAGGACAUGGAUUGGUCUGAGCUAUACCCAGAGUUCUUUGCUCCACUGACUCAAAAUCAGAGCCACGAUGACCCAAAAGAUAAGAAAGAAAAGAGAGCUGAAGCCCAAGUGGAGUUUGCAGACAUAGGCUGUGGCUAUGGCGGCCUGUUAGUGGAACUGUCACCGCUGUUCCCAGACACGCUGAUUCUGGGUCUGGAGAUCCGGGUGAAAGUCUCAGAUUAUGUGCAAGACCGGAUUCGGGCCCUACGAGCGGCUCCUGGAGGUGGUUUCCAGAACAUCGCCUGUCUCCGUAGCAAUGCCAUGAAACACCUUCCUAACUUCUUCCGCAAGGGCCAGCUGACAAAGAUGUUCUUCCUCUUCCCUGACCCACAUUUCAAGCGGACAAAGCACAAGUGGCGAAUCAUCAGUCCCACGCUGCUGGCAGAAUACGCCUACGUGCUGAGAGUUGGGGGGCUGGUAUACACCAUAACUGAUGUGCUGGAGCUACAUGACUGGAUGUGCACCCAUUUUGAAGGGCACCCCCUGUUUGAGCGCGUGCCUCUGGAGGAGCUGAGUGAAGAUCCCAUUGUGGGACAUCUGGGCACCUCGACCGAGGAGGGGAAGAAAGUUCUACGCAAUGGAGGAAAGAAUUUCCCAGCUAUCUUCCGAAGAAUACAGGAUCCCACCUUCUAGGCAGUGACCCCCAAUCCUACCCUUCCUGAUCACUGACUUUGCCUUUGCUGACUUUGCCUUAGUUGGACCCCAUCUUCCAGGGACUGGAAAGAAGACUGGGCCCUUGGACCUUCCGAGCUGAGCCUCCUAGGGCUGAGCGGCAACAGUCUCUCAAAGAAGUUGAGGAGCUGCCCAGGGCAGAACCCUGGAGUUCAUGACCACCCCUGACUCCUCUCACCUUCUCACCCUUCCAGUGGCAGCAGAGAGCAAAAGCAGCUGACUGGGAAGGUCACAAGACCUUGGACCAGAAGGGAUCUUUGGAAGGGAGUGGAAUCUUGCUCUCCCUUAGCAGUCCCUUCUCCUGGGAUUUCUCCUUCUCAGCUGGAGUGAAGAACGCAGUUCUCCACUGUCCAUCUAAACUGCCUUCUAAGCUCAAAUCACCUGCCCACUCGUGUUUACUUUGCAGUUCAGGGGGUAACGUGUAUGUGUGCACAUCCCAUGCUGCUGUUUCUCAGGAAAGGCUAGAGUGUGUAUCACUCCUGUCCUCUCCCUGCCUAAGACUUGACCUGGGGAAUCUGUGUUCCGUUUAUUGUUACUGUCUCUGGAGAUCCUGGGAGGGUGUGGUGGUGGAGACCCUCUCCUUCUUCAUGUUGACCUUUGCUUUGAUCCCAGAACUUCAGAGCUGUCUUGCUGACACAGAGCCUGCCAGGGCCGGGGGCGCGGGAGUGAGGAGCAGAGGUGAACUGGGGAGGAUUCUGAGGCUAAAAGUGGAAAGGGGCUGCUGACUAGAAAGCCCCACAAAGGGGACUGAGUCAGCUGGCGAUUCAGAGCACUCGCUUAGCCCUUGCUCUGUCCAGGAGCCCAGAUAAAUCUCUCAACUUUUCUCAUUUGCAAAAAGUUCCUUCAUUUGUGCUCCUCAAGCACCAAAUUACCAAGACUGGAGGGACAGGGCUUGUUGACAGAAGAGACCCAGCCCCCUUCCCAAGGAAUAAAGAUGAAGGCUCCUGGAACCAUCUUAACCCGUUAACCCACCUGCUAUCUGCCCAGUGUCAGGUACGGGGGAGGGGGAGAUGUAAUGCAGGAAAAUUGUGCUCACAUACCAAAAAGGUGCAUCCCGAUGAGCCUGGAAUCUGAGGACAGCUACAGCUGUGCCUCUCCCCUGCUUCCCUUCCCGGAGGAGCUGGAGGAUGGGGAAUUCCUGAGGAUGGGCCCCAGUGGGCCUGAGGAAGUGAUGGGAAUACCAGGGACCCAGCCUGUAUCUUGGUCACCUAAGCCUCACCAAAUAGCCUUUCCGAGGAAGAGAUCUUUAGGCUGCUGGACUAGGGCACCAGCCCGGGAGGAGAAGCCUCCCCUCCCAAGAUGGUCAUUGCAACAUGAGGUCCACGGGAGCCUCUGUGGCAGCUCCGGCCCCGCCUACGAUUCCUGGGUGCUCAUCCCCAGCACAGACCACUCAGGAGAGGGGAUUGGCUGAGGAGCUUGAAGAGGGGGCGUCGC